UAAAGUUUUGCUAGCAGUUUGCCGUCCACAUUGGCGAUAGAUUUAGGUCAAGUUAAGUUUUCACAUCGAUGACAAUUAUCAGCAAAAUUAAGUUAACCUAUUUAAUAUAACAAAGUUAAAAAAUCAAGCUAUAAAGUUUAUUGUUUGAAAUAUAUAACAUUGAAAAAAAGUAUUAUUGUCAAUAUUUAUUUAACAAUAAUAAUUUGGAAAGAAAUUUCAGUAAAAAUUUGAGUAGCACGUUUGUGAUAAACGUAGCAAAUUACAAAUAGUUAAAAAUGAAGAGAGUAUUAAGCGACUCACGCACUGCUGUUUAUCGAAGGAGCAAAAGAAAAUUAUUAAAUUUAUUAACUGCUGUUUCACCGAGUGAGUGUCCACCUAUUCCACAAAGCUAUUUCCCGCAUGAAAAUGAUAACCACGAUGAUAAUUGUGAUGAGCAUAAUAAUCAUGACAACCAUGAUGAUAAUAAUGUAGCUGAUAACGAUGAUGAUGACGUUACUGAUAAUGAUGAUGAUGACGUUGCUGAUAGUGAUGAUGAUGACGUUGCUGAUGACAAUGAUAAUGACGAUACUGAUAAUUCUGAUAACGCCGAUAAUGACUUAGAAUGUGAUGAUAAUGAUAUUGAAGUUUGCGGUAAUGAUGAUGUCGAUAUUGAUGGUGAUGAUAAUAAUCAUGACAAUGUUGAUAAUGAUGAUGAUGAUGAUGAUGAUGAUGAUGAUGAUGAUGAUGAUGAUGAUGAUGAUGAUGAUGAUGAUGAUGAUGAUGAUGAUAAUAAUCGUAAUGAUGGUAGUGGUAAUAAUCAAAGUAACGAAGAUAAUGAAAAUGUUCACGUUCCAUUCGUUAGUGUCAACAAUAUACCCGAUCGUAAUGUUCCCUUAAUUGCGAAACGCGACAUGUAUGUCAAAGAUCAUUUACUAUCUGUGAUUGCAAUGUCGGUUAGACAUCAUUUAACUUUUGAGGCAACUCUUGAUCAAUUAAAGUGGCUUAAAUCGAUGUAUUUUUGUAAUUCAAUACCAACAAAUAAAGAACAGUUUUGGAAGUGUCUCGGCCGAAAUGAUGAUUGUUUAACACGUCACUACUAUUGCCGAAAAUGUCGUGGAUAUUUAGGAGAAAAGUGUAAAGAAACUGGCAAAUUAUUAAAGGAAUGUCCUUGUAAAGCCUGUGGACCAGAUGAUAAACUAGAAUCUGAUUUAUGUUACUUCAUAUAUAUUAGCUUAACAACACAAAUCAGAGAACUAUUAUCUAUACCAGGCAUUAGUGAAUCAUUAAAAUAUCGAUUCCACAGAAUAAAAAAACAUCCAGAUGCUUAUGAAGAUAUAUAUGAUGGACAAGAAUAUAGAUCUUUGUGUUCGGCUGGAAAAUUUUUAGAAACAUGGUACAAUUUCUCUUUCACAAUCAAUACUGAUGGUUGUCAAACGGCUAAAUCGUCAAAUUGUAGUGCAUGGCCAGUUUAUGCAGAAAUCAACGAACUACCUCCGCAUAUGCGAAAAAAACAUAUGCUUCUUGCAGCGGUUUACGUCGACAUGCAGCAUCCGUUAAUGACAAAUUUUUUAAGACCGUUUACAGCUGAAAUGCAAGAACUAUAUAUUACUGGUAUUAAAUGGAAGCCUUCUGAUACAUCAGAGGUCACAUCGAAAUUUAUAGUAACCACGUGUAGUCUCGAUGCUCCGGCUCGAGCGUCAGUAACUGGCAUGAUACAAUAUAAUGGAAGAAAUGGAUGCUUAUGGUGUUAUGCUAGUGGUAAAAGCUUAGGACCUGGUAGAUUUGUGUAUCCUUUAAGUCAAUGUUAUAAGAAGGAACGGACUGAUGCAGAGCUUCGUGAUGAUAUGACUCAUGUUUGUAAGACCGGAGAGAUGAAGCAUGGAGUAAAAAAUAUUUCACCUUUAGUGGCUUUACCAUCAUUUGAUAUAUGCAAAGGAGUUGUUGUUGAAGCAAUGCAUGCUGUCUUCCUCGGAGUAAUUCAGCGGCAUACUCGAAUACUUUUAACAAAAUCAAAAAUUAAGAAAAAGAAACAGCCAUAUUACAUUGGAGGUCCUACCAAAAAGAAAUUAAUAGCUAAGUUUUUAUUAGGUAUUAAACCUCCAUCAUGUCGGUCACGAAAACCAAGGCCUAUAUCUACUUAUCCAAAAUGGAAAGCAUCGGAAUGGAGAAAUUGGUUGGAUUAUGCUCCGAUAUGCUUGCAGAAAGUAUUGCCUGUGAAAUACGUCAAUCACUUGGCACUUUUAUCAGAAGCUAUCCACUAUCUAAAUAGUGAUUCUAUAACACCAGCAAAUUUAGACCGUUGUGAAAUACUGUUGAAAAAAUAUGUAAGACUUUAUCAAAAAUAUUUCGGUAUAGUUAAUAUGACUUCCAAUAUACAUUUACUCACACAUUUAGUGAAAGUUGUACGAAAUUGGGGUCCAAUUUGGGUACAUGAAGCAUUCAUUUUUGAGGCGUGGAAUAAAAAAAUUAUGGACUUUGUAACUAGUUCAUUUGCUCAGACUGACCAAAUUGCAAUACGUUUUCUUCUCCAAAAAUUUUUAAUUACAACUUUGUAUGAUGAAACAGUAUCUUCAGACACUAAAAAAUUUAUUGCUAAGCAAAUUAAAAUACCGAUUGAAAAGGGUAGUAGAAUUAAACAUAGGUUGACUGGGUUAGGAAAACAAAUAACACGUUCACCAACUGAUGAUGAACGCACUGCAUUAAGUCGAGUUGGUUAUAAGCCUAUUAGUAUGAAAUGCUAUAAAAAAAUGAAAUUAAAUGGAGUAAAAUAUGUAUGUGAAUCAAAGAAGGACUUAAAGUUUUGUGACUCUACGAUUUGUGAUGACAAUGGAAUGUUUGGUACUAUAGUUACAGUAGUUCAAUUUGACAAUGGUAAUGAAAUAAUCGGUGGUAUUUUUAUUAAGCGCAUACAGCAUAACAGGUAUGCAUUCAACACUCAAUAUAUUGCUGAAGCAAUUCCUUCAAAUGAUUUGGUAUUUAUUCGGGAAUCUCAAUUUAUUAGACCUGCAGUUCGAAUUUUUAUUGAGGAGAACGUAUAUGUUAUAAAACAAACGAAUUGUUGGGAAACAGAUUGAAAUUAUUUCAUAAUAGAAAUGCAGUUUUCUUCAUUUCCUUAACAGUUAGUUAAUUUUAUAAUACAUAUUGUACUCCAUGAGGAUAUUUGAAUCGCAAGAUUUAUGAAAUCUAAUUUUUUUAAGAAUAAGUCAUUCGUUGGAUAUUAUUAAUUUCGUGAUAUAUUCAGUAUUAAAUGCAUAUUUGAGUAUGUUUGAAGCAUUUUUGAAAACCAUUAUCGAUUCUUCAACGUUAAAAAAAAAUUGCAUGAUUUUUUUUAUAAUUUUGAAUAUUGUAAUGUCCCAAAAUAUUGUGGGGUUAUAAAAUUUAUGAAAUCAUUAUUGUUCGCACUUUUAUUUAACACCAUUUAAUAUUAUUUUUUAGUAACAUUUUAUUAUGAUACGUUUAUAACCACUAACUUUUGAUGUAGCAAGUUUUCUCUAUUAAGUUUUCAUAUAAUAGAUUUCACUAAAUGAUCAACUAAUUAAUUUCAAAUUCAGUUCUUUUUUCAAUGGAUAUUUUCAUAGUUAUGUUAUGAAAUUUUAGUUUAUUUAGUUAUUGGAUUAUCGUACUUUGAAAAACAGAAAUUUUCGUAUGGGAAAACAAGUUGCAAUAAGAUCAACUUGAGAUUAUGAGUGCUAUAUGAGAUCUAUUACGUUUUUAUUUAAUUGCUUAAAAGUAAACGCUGAGUGAGACUAUUGUAGAUGCUGAUAUAGUACUGUUUCAAAAUGAGUCAGCAAGUAAUGAUUAAAUGUUUUAAUUUCCAUUCCAAUAUAUUUUUCGAAAAACAUUAGGUAUUUUUUCAAUAAUUUUUCCAACAGGAUCGAAUUAAGCUAAGGUGACUGGAUCACUUUUCAUGUAAUAUAUUUCUCCUAUUACAAGUCCAAUAUGAUUGGCAUAUCGUUUAUGUUAUACUAUUGCUAAACUGUAUUGUUUUUUCUAUAUUUUUAAAUUAAAGAAAAGAAUUAUAUUUUGCAUGUAAGGAAAAGUUGUACUAUGUGUUCGAAAAAAAAAUUAAUUCUUACGUAAUAAUGAUGACGGAAACUUGAUUUCUAUGUUAUAGUUUAAUAUUUUUAAAUUUAUGUAUAAGAUGGAUAUUAAUAAAGAAUCUAGGCUCCAUGAUCGAAUAAAUGAGUUAAUCUCUUUAUGUAUUUGUACAUUAAAAUAUGUAACUUUGUAAUCUGAAGAAUUUGUAUUAUAUAUUUUGUUUACGUUUGUGUAAAUAAAGAGGGCAUAUGUUAUUAUAGA